AUGACAGAUAAAAAUGCAGCUUUAAAAAUAUUAAAUGCUCAUGAUAAAUUACAUUUUACAUUUCUUCAAAGUAAAUUAGAUGAUGAAACUGUUAUUGAAGCUCGAGGUUAUGAUGGAAUUUGUAUUGUUCAUCGAGAUGCUCGCAUACCAAAUAUUGUCGAAAAAACACAUCAAAAUUGUCCAUCAGUCAAAAUAAUUGCUUUACGUAGUGCUGGACAUAAAGGUGUAUCGUUAGAAACAGCUAAAAGUUAUGGUAUUGAAAUAUGUCGUAUACCACCUUAUUCACCACAUGCUGUUGCUGAACAUGCAGUGGCUCUUUUACUUUCACUUAAUCGUAAUAUGCAUCAUGCAUUUUUUCGAACCAAACAACAUAAUUUUACUUUGGAUGGAUUAGUUGGUGUUGAUCUUUUUGGUAAAACUGUUGGCAUUAUUGGAACAGGUGAUAUUGGAACAGGUGAUAUUGGAAUAUGUGCAGUUAAUAUAUUUUUGGGUUUUGGUGGUAAAGUUUUAUGUUAUGAUAUUAAACCUGAUGAGGAAGCAGCAAAAAAAAAAGGUUUCGAAUACGUAACAAUGGAUGAAUUACUUCAAAAAAGUGAUAUUGUUUCUCUUCAUGCACCAUUAAAUGAUUCGACUUAUCAUUUGAUUGAUAAAACUGCUUUCGACAAAAUGAAACAAGGUGCUAUGUUAAUUAAUACAAGUCGUGGUCCUUUAGUAGAUGCUCAAGCACUUGUAGAUUGUCUUAAGUCAAGAAAAUUACGAGGUGCAGCAUUGGAUGUUUAUGAAUUCAAAGAUAAAUAUUAUUUUUACAAUGAUUAUAGUCAAAAAGUUAUGGAUGAUGAUACAUUAGCACGUUUAAUUUCUAUGCCAAAUACAAUAGUUACAUCACAUCAAGUAUUUCUUACUGAAGAAGCAUUAAAAAAGAUUGCUGAAUCAAUUGUUCAAAGUUUACUCGAUUUUUUUCAUGGAAAAAAAGAAAAUAUCUAA